CGGCGGCUGCUGCUCUACCCUGCGCCGCUGUCACUUCCAGUUCCUACUUCGGCGAUCCAGGUCCGGGUCACUGCUUCCACGCCGCUGGCCCGGUCCCUCCAGGCCGCUCUCCCUCCCGGGCUCUGGGCUCCGGGCUGGAGGGGGCCAGCGAGGUACUGAGAGCAGGGACCGGAGCGGCCGCGAAGGCGGCUUCCCAGGGCAGCCGCUGCCCGCCCGCCGCCGCCCCUCGCGCCCUCGACCGGCUCGCCGCCAGCGCACCCAGCGGGGCGCGUCUCCCGCACCCAGCUUCCCGCCCUCCCAGCGGCCCCGCCGCUCUGGAAACCAGAACUUGAGGGCAAGAAUCUGGCUUCCCUUUAUAUUAAAAAAAGGGGGAGGGACAUUAAAAAAAAAAUCCCCGGACUGGAGAGGUUGCGGGCGCUGCACGGAGUUUGGAGACGGGCGCCCCCUCCUCGCCCGUGUCCAGGAGCAAAGUUGCAGCCGCCCCUCCCCGCCCCGGCGAGCCGAGCCCAGCUCUCCAGUUUCGCCCUGGUGGCGGCCGCGCUCGGGGCAGGGUCCCAGCUCCGGCCGGGUGGAACGGUUCCCGCAGCCUUGGCACGGGCUCGGCCGCCCGCUCGUCGGCCCCGUGACUCGGGAGGGCGAGCGGCUUCCCGGAGGCGGCGGCGGCGCGGCUGGACCGAGCGAGCAACCGGAGGACCAGCGGGCAGCGGCCGAGCCAGGUAUUUGAUCCUGAUGACCUUCAUGCAGGGGUCAAUUUCUCCAAGGUUCUGAGCACUCUUUUAGCUGUCAACAAAGCAACAGAAGAUCAGCUCUCAGAAAGGCCAUGUGGACGUUCCUCUUCUCUUAGCGCUGCUAAUAGUUCUCAGACAAACCCACAGGGAGCAGUUUCUAGCACAGCUCCAGGGCUGCAAAGGCAGUCAAAGCCAGUGGAGAUGACGGAAAAUGGAAGUCACCAAUUGAUAGUAAAGGCGAGAUUCAACUUUAAGCAGACUAAUGAAGAUGAACUGUCUGUCUGUAAAGGGGACAUCAUUUAUGUCACUAGAGUUGAAGAAGGAGGCUGGUGGGAAGGCACAUUAAAUGGGAGAACAGGCUGGUUCCCUAGUAAUUAUGUCCGAGAAAUUAAAUCCAGUGAGAGACCUCUCUCCCCCAAGGCUGUCAAAGGAUUUGAAACUACUCCACUUACCAAGAAUUAUUAUACUGUGGUGUUACAGAAUAUCUUGGACACUGAAAAAGAUUAUGCUAAAGAACUUCAGUCUCUUCUUGUUACUUACUUAAGACCCCUGCAGUCCAAUAACAAUCUGAGUACUGUGGAAUUUACAUCUUUAUUGGGAAACUUCGAGGAAGUAUGCACGUUUCAACAGACGCUCUGCCAAGCCUUGGAAGAAUGUUCAAAGUUUCCAGAAAACCAACACAAAGUAGGUGGUUGUCUACUGAACCUCAUGCCUCAUUUUAAAUCUAUGUACCUGGCUUACUGUGCAAAUCAUCCUUCAGCUGUAAAUGUACUCACCCAGCACAGUGAUGAUCUGGAACGAUUUAUGGAAAGUCAAGGUGCAUCUAGCCCAGGUAUCCUCAUUUUAACAACAAGUCUCAGCAAACCUUUCAUGCGACUGGAAAAGUAUGUUACUCUCUUGCAAGAGUUGGAACGGCAUAUGGAGGAUACGCAUCCAGAUCACCAGGAUAUUCUGAAAGCAAUCAUAGCAUUCAAAACUCUCAUGGGGCAGUGCCAAGAUCUCAGAAAGAGAAAACAGCUGGAGUUGCAGAUACUUUCGGAACCUAUUCAGGCAUGGGAAGGGGAGGAUAUUAAAACCUUGGGAAAUGUGAUCUUUAUGUCACAAGUAAUGGUGCAGUAUGGAACAUGUGAGGAAAAAGAAGAGCGGUACCUCAUGUUAUUUUCAAGUGUCUUGAUAAUGUUAUCUGCAAGUCCUCGGAUGAGUGGCUUUAUCUAUCAGGGAAAAAUACCAAUAGCAGGAAUGGUGGUGACUAGAUUAGAUGAAAUUGAAGGGAAUGACUACACACUUGAAAUCACUGGUAACAUGGUAGAGAGAAUUGUGGUCCACUGCGGCAACAACCAGGACUUCCAGGACUGGCUAGAGCAUCUGUACAGGCUGAUCAGAGGACCCGCCUCUUGCAGUUCGUUAUCCAAAACAUCGUCGUCAUCUUGUAGCGCUCAUUCCACAUUUUCCCAGUCUUUUAGCUCUACCGGACAGCCCCGAGGACCCUUGGAGCCUCCUCAAAUUAUAAAACCGUGGAGCUUAAGUUGUCUGCGACCUGCGCCUCCACUUAGACCAUCAGCAGCGCUAGGUUAUAAAGAGAGGAUGUCUUAUAUCUUAAAGGAAUCUGGUAAAAGCCCCAAAACGAUGAAGAAGUUUCUUCACAAAAGAAAGACCGAAAGAAAGCCAUCGGAGGAGGAAUAUGUCAUCCGCAAAAGUACGGCUGCUCUGGAAGAGGACGCUCAGAUUCUGAAAGUGAUCGAAGCCUACUGUACCAGUGCCAGCUUUCAACAAGGCCACGGCUCGAGUGCUCGCAAGGAUUCCGUUCCUCAAGUCUUACUCCCCGAGGAAGAGAAACUCAUCAUUGAAGAAACCAGAAGCAACGGCCAGACCAUCAUUGAAGAAAAGAGCCUUGUCGAUACUGUUUAUGCCUUGAAGGAUGAGGUCAAAGAGCUGAAACAGGAGAAUAAAAGAAUGAAGCAGUGCCUGGAGGAAGAGUUGAAAUCAAGAAGGGACCUAGAAAAGUUGGUCCGGAGGCUGUUGAAGCAAACUGAUGAGUGUAUUCGGGCCGAGUCCAGUAGCAAGACCUCCAUUCUCCCAUAACCAUCACAGUGCGGCUGGCAGAGGGUGCCCGCAGGGCAUCGGGAAAUGUCCAGCUGAGUGAUCUGACUCAGUUUGCUCACUUCUCUGGUUUUUAUUUUGUAUCUUAGUCUCUCUCUCUCUCUCUCUUUCUCUCUCCCUGUGUGUGUGUUUGGUUCAGUGUUUGUUGUUGUUUGGUUAUUGGUUGGUUGUUUAUUUUUUUUGACAGAGGUCAAAGCAAGAGGGGGUGAAUGUCUCCCCAGAGUCUUUUCCAUUCAGUAAGCAAAGGGAAGCUCAUGUAGGCAAAUGACUUACAUGGUCUUCAGAUGGCUUUCAAUUCAUAGUGCCUCUUUACCAGCCAUUAUCUUGGGUCACUCUUUUUGGGCUGGCUGCUGUCCCAAAGUGGCCCGCCAUGGCUUAUUAAAUGUGAACUUGACUUUCCCCCCAGUGCUUUCCUGUGCCUGGCAGCCCCUCAGUACGUGAUUUACUGAAGGCGACACUUCUGGAACUCUGACUGGCGUAGGGUGAAAGGCUGACACGUUUGCCCAGUGAUCCAGCUGCCCUUCCCUGGGCCGUCCUCAAUGCACACUUUUUUUAAUGACUACCCUAUUUUGUCUAGAAGACCAAGAAAACUGUAGUGCCCUCCCUCCUUUCGUGUUGGUUUACAUUUUAACUCUGUGGGACAGAAGCUCUGGUCACCCAUGCCAACACCAAAUCCAUUAGCAAAUUGCACUGGACAGUCCUCCCCUUCAGUAGCAGAGUUGCCCAUCUCUUGCCAGUGCAUGAUAGGUUUUGUCCCUAAGCUUCUGCCUUGUGUGUAAGUUUUCUAUUUCCCCAGUGCUUUUAGCCAAGCAUACCAAGUGGUGUGUCAACUGGUAUGUGUGUGCUUUGCUUUUUAAAAAUAUAGACUGUGAGCAGUUACUUUUUUCUCCAUCACAUAUUCAAAUUGCGACUUCUCAUCCUUCAGUCUACACUUGAGGAGAUGUUGUGCCCUAGCAGACAGCUUUAAUUCCCUUGAUUGCUCUCCCAUAUAUGCUGUGAGAAGCUGUAAAUAGUCAUCGGCCUCUUCGAGUAGGACUCUAAGCAUUAUUUGCAGAAAUGUGCUGUUGGUCCAGUUUGUAUAGCCGGAAAGAAAGGGCCCCUCUAGUAGCUGUGUGCUGGUUACUAGUGAAGCUGAUUAUUUGGAACUGGUUUACUCAAGUUGCUCGUUGAAUCAAACCCUCGCCUUUGUAAGUAUCUGAGAAAUUAGAACUGUGAUAAACCAGGUUUAGAAGAGGGUCACAAGAGGGCAACACACAUCCAAAUUCAGCACAGUUGAAAGUUGGCCUGGGGCUGUAGGACAGAGCAGUGCAACCUGCCCCUGUCUGUCCCAAAGACGGGAAGUUUGGCCAGGUGGAGGAGAUCGCUGGAAAGAGAGGCCAAGGACCAGUGGACUGAUCAAAGUUGUCUCCCAGAUACAUUUGAUGGGUGCCUAUAAAUGUGGGUUUUGCGAAUGUUGUUUAGGAACCAAACUUGAAGCUUGAACUCCCCAGCUUGUUAAGCCCUUUUCCUUUCUAGUACAGGGUGGGUCUCAAUUCCCAUAGCUACAUGGUACGGGGCUGUUGACUGCUUGCUGCACAGCAGAAAUUACACCAUCCACGGGAAAUGGACUGUUCCCGCAGAUCAAUCUCAGCCAACCACACACAGCUGUCUUUGGAAGCUGAAGACCGAACAAGAUUGCUAGGAAUGGCUGUUGUUCUGUUUUUAGCCCAACAGUUUAGAGAUGCCGUCCUUCAUCUCCAAAUGGAAAACAACAAUAACAGCAGCACAGAUCACAGCAUCUGCCCUGUCUGUGGUUAGUCAAUGGCUUGCAAUAAAUGUGCAAACUAUAUCCAUAGGAAACAUUUUUGUGAAUACAAAGUACUUUAGUUGAUAAGGUAUAUAGGAUUGCUUAAAAUAUUGAAAGGUCUUUAUUUUAAAGCGACGUGUCCAUAUGCAUGUUUUGGGGAUGUGGCCCUUCUGAUGAGAGGCCCUGAGUACUCUGGGUAACGUAGCUUGUGCAGAGUGGUGUCCACGCUCACACUCAAUAAUCCCAUAUGGGAAAUGAAGCCAUGGUAACCUGACGGCAGUGUCUCCAUAGUUGUGUACUCUAUAAAUGGGUCCCUGUUACUCUGUAGUCAUACCGCUGCCCUUCGAGGCCUUUCAGUUCCUCUUCUGUCAUGUCCCUUCUUACACAGCUGAAAUUUUCUAACUUGUUUUUAUUUUGAAGACUUUUAAAAUGGACAUUUUCAAUAAAUAAGAAUAACAAUGCUUUAUAAAAUAA